CUAGAAUUAAAAAUGUUUUAUAUUAGAAGGAGGAGACCAUCUUAAUCAUUCUCUAUGACUCAAACCUUGAAAGUGAAAUUCCAUUCCAUUCCAUCAUCUCAAUCUCAAAGUAAAAGGGCACACUUUGAUUAAAGCUAAAGGCUAGAGGGCUGUUUCUGUAAUACAAAAACACAUCCCAAAGAAUCAAACUUUACUUUUUCUCAUAAUCUGAACUUUAAAUUUCUGUUUCCCAACGGCUGCUUUCUUUAGCUCAUAAUCAUCUUUCUUCUUCUUCUUCUUCUUCUCCUUUUACCAUUUCUGGGAUUCAGCUAACAAGUUUUCACCGACACUAUAUAGCCCAAAAUCCAUACUAUUAUAGCCAAACUUGAUCAUUUAAUCUCUUCAUUGGGAUAGAAAAGCAAAAGCUUUAAAGGGGAAGAAAAGGGGAGGUUUAGCUUCUUCCUUGAUUUUCAAGACUCUUUUUUUUUUUGCUCUCAAGAUGUUUAAUUCUUUAUAUUUGUAUAGACUCAAGUUUUCUCAGAUUCCUUCAACUUUGCCUCCAUCCCUUUUCCAAAAAUCACCUCUUAAACUCCUUUGUUUCUUCUUCAAGUCCUUCCAAACUCAUCACUUUCCUUAAAGAUUUUUUUCUCACAGAAACAAACAAUGGUGCCAUUUCUGUUUGUGACAAUCUUCUCUUCCAUUGUGGGCACAGCUUUUUCCUCUUCUAUUUUCAGUGAUUUUAAUGCCUUAAUCACUCUUAAAGAAGGGUUUCAAUUCUCUAAUCCUGCCAUUGAUACUUGGAAUGUUUCUGAGCAGAGUUCUCUCUGCUCUUGGGCUGGGAUAAAAUGCUUCCAAGGAAGGGUGGUGGGUGUUAAUAUAUCAAGCAUGAAUCUUUAUGGCUCUGUUUCUCCAGCCAUUUCAAGGCUUGACAGAUUGAUAGAGCUCAACCUUGAUGGCAAUAACUUCACUGGAGAUAUUAGGAUUGAGAAUAUGAGCAGCCUAAUAUUCCUCAACAUUUCAAACAAUCAGUUCAGUGGCAAUCUGGAGUGGAACUACUCAAGCUUACCCAGUCUUGAAGUGUUUGAUGCAUACAAUAACAACUUCUCUGCAGAUUCUCUUCCUCUUGGUGUUCUAAGCUUGAACAGCCUAAGGCACUUGGACUUGGGAGGAAACUUUUUCGAGGGUGAAAUCCCAAAUAGUUAUGGCAAUCUGAUUGGGUUGGAAUUUUUGCAACUUGCAGGAAAUAAUCUCCAAGGGAAAAUUCCUGCUGAAUUGGGCAAUCUCACAAACUUGAAAGAGCUGUAUUUGGGCUAUUACAAUGCAUUUGAUGGUGGCAUUCCAAAACAGUUGGGGAAGCUGCAAAAUCUAGUCAUUUUGGAUCUCACAAGUUGUGAAUUAAAUGGUUCAAUUCCUCCUGAAUUAGGGAACUUGAAAUCACUUGAAACUCUGUUUCUGGAUAUAAAUUUUCUCUCUGGUCCUAUUCCAAAGCAAUUGGGGAAUCUUACCAGCUUGGUGAAUCUUGAUCUUUCCCACAAUGUGUUGACUGGGGAGAUCCCAUAUGAGUUCAUUGAUUUGAGGCGGCUGAGGCUUCUGAAUCUUUUCAUGAACAGAUUACAUGGGUCCAUUCCAGAUUUUGUUGCUGAAUAUCCCAAUUUGGAAGUUCUGUAUCUAUGGAAGAACAACUUCACAGGAACUAUUCCAGGGAAUCUAGGCCAGAAUCAGAAGCUCCAAGAGCUUGACUUGUCUUCAAACAAGCUAACCGGUACAAUCCCUCCAAACUUGUGUGCCUCAAAACAGCUUAGAAUUCUAAUUCUUUUCAAAAAUUUUCUCUUUGGGUCAAUUCCUGAGGAUUUAGGAACAUGUACAAGCUUAGUUAGAGUGAGGUUAGGACAGAACUAUUUGAAUGGUAGCAUCCCUAAUGACUUCAUUUACUUGCCUAAUUUAAACUUACUAGAGUUGCAGAACAAUCUGUUGUCAGGAACCUUGUCGGAAAAAGGCGAAAAUUCGCCUAAUUCGACCGCAAUAGCUCAGUUAAAUCUAGCCAACAACCAGUUCACAGGACUCUUGCCAUUCUCCAUUGCAGUUUUUACAUCCAUAGAAACCCUUUCAUUAGGUGGGAACCAAUUUUCAGGUCCAAUACCUUCUUCUAUAGGUGAACUUCAAGAAGUAGUGAAACUUGAUCUCAGUUCAAAUGCUUUUUCUGGUGAGAUCCCUGGUGAAAUUGGUAAUUGCCUUCAUCUGACCUACUUAGACCUGAGCCAGAAUAACCUUUCUGGCUCAAUUCCAACCCAAAUUUCCAGCAUCAGAAUCUUGAGUUACCUGAAUUUGUCGAGAAACCACUUGAGUGAGUCGAUUCCAAAAUCAUUUGCUUCACUGAAGAGCCUCACAACUGCUGACUUUUCGUUCAAUGAUCUCUCCGGAAAGCUGCCUGAAUCCGGCCAAUUCGCAUUCUUCAAUGCCUCUUCAUUCGCCGGAAAUCCUCAACUCUGUGGAUCAUUGCUCAACAAUCCGUGCAAUGCCACUCUCCUGACAAGUCCAUCAGGGAAGUCUCGCGGUGAAUUCAAGCUGAUUUUCGCCCUCGGCUUACUGUUCUGUUCUCUAGUCUUUGCAACUGCAGCUAUAAUUAAGGCCAAAUCAUUCAAGAAAAACGGCUCAAAGUGGAGAAUGACAGCCUUCCAGAAUCUGGAUUUCGCGGUAUCCGACGUCCUGGAAUGCGUCAAAGACGGCAAUGUGAUAGGCAGAGGAGGAGCAGGGAUAGUGUACCAUGGAAAAAUGCCAAACGGGGUCGAAAUCGCAGUGAAGAAACUCCUCGGCUUCAACGGCAACAGCCAUGAUCACGGAUUUAAGGCGGAGAUACGAACAUUAGGCAACAUUCGGCACAGAAACAUCGUAAGACUCCUGGCAUUUUGUUCAAACAAGGAAACAAACCUCCUUGUGUACGAAUACAUGAGGAAUGGAAGCUUAGGAGAGGCAUUACAUGGUAAGAAGGGUGGAUUUUUGGGGUGGCAAAUGAGGUACAAGAUUGCUGUUGAAGCAGCAAAAGGGCUGUGCUAUCUUCACCAUGAUUGUUCUCCGUUGAUCGUCCACCGUGACGUGAAAUCGAACAACAUUUUGUUGAAUUCGAGCUUUGAAGCUCAUGUUGCUGAUUUUGGUUUGGCCAAGUUCUUGGUGGAUGGUGGAGCUUCAGAGUGCAUGUCAGCAAUUGCAGGGUCGUACGGUUACAUUGCUCCAGAAUAUGCCUACACAUUGAGAGUGGAUGAGAAGAGCGACGUUUACAGCUACGGGGUGGUGUUACUAGAGCUAAUCACCGGCCGGCGGCCGGUGGGCGAGUUCGGGGAUGGCGUCGACAUCGUACAGUGGGCCAAACAGGUCACAAACUGCAGAAGAGAAGAAGUAAGCAAAAUAGUAGACCCAAGGCUGACUACCAGCCCAAUACCCAAAGACGAAGCCAUGCACCUGUUAUUCAUAGCCAUGCUCUGCAUUCAAGAAAACAGCGUCGAACGGCCCACAAUGAGAGAAGUAGUCCAAAUGCUCUCAGAAUUCCCUCGUCCAGGUCAAAAGAUCACCGUCUCCCCACGGCCCGGCCCAGAUUACCUUAAUCAAUCUUCUCCUUCUUCGUCCUCAUCAGUUAAUAAUUUCCAUUUCCAGUUCCAACAGCAGCAAAAGAAUCUUGAUCUUAAAGAUAAAAGCUGCCAAAAACCUCGACAAGAUCUUUUAAUUUGAUGUUUUACCCCCUUUUUUUGGAGCUUUUCAUUUUAUCAUUUUGGCGUCGUCUUCGUUAUAGUGUUUGUUUAUCUCUCUUCAUAAUAUGGGUUGUUAUUAACAUGGGUUGAUUUUGGAAUAACCUUGUUAUUAAUUAGUAAUAAUAGUUGUUUAUUUAUAUGUUAAAUUUUUGGAGGUUGGAGGCUACAGAAAUAGUUAGAGAUUAAGUGGUUAUUAUGAUUUUUCCCUAUAUAUAUGUAUAGUCAAUAGUGAUUUUCUGUGGUAAAAGUAAAACUCUGAUUGCAAAAUUGCAAUCAUGUAACAAUAUUUUGUAUAUAUUGCAUAUCUAUUCAUUAGAGUAUCGAAAUCUUA